GAGCAUCUCUGAGUCGGUGUCCUGAACCCUCACGAUGCAUGGGGGCAAGAGAGGCCUGGUGGCUCCGCAAAAUACUUUUCUAGAAAAUAUUGUCCGGCGCUCGAGUGAAACCAGUUUCCUUCUGGGAAAUGCACAGAUCGUGCAGUGGCCAGUGGUUUACAGCAACGAUGGGUUCUGCAAGCUGUCCGGGUACCACAGAGCCGAAGUCAUGCACAGAAGCAGCUCAUGCAACUUCAUGUAUGGUGACCUUACUGAUAAGAAGACUAUAGACAACAUUAGACAGACCUUCGAUAACUAUGAGUCCCAAUUCUACGAGGUGCUGCUGUAUACAAAAAAUAGAACACCGAUAUGGCUCUACAUGCAGGUAGCUCCAAUCAGAAAUGAGGACAACAAGGUGGUGCUUUUUCUCUGCACCUUUCGAGACAUUACGGUGUUCAAACAGCCGAUCGAAGAUGAAACAAAUAGAGCGGGAUGGACCAAAUUUGCCAGACUGGCGCGGGCUCUGUCCAACAAUCGCAACCUCGUGCAGCAGUUAGCCGACCUGAGCACCGAGGUCAGCCACAAGCCCUCCAGACUGGCCGAGGCUCUUCAGCUGGGAUCAGACAUCCUCCCUCAGUACAAACAAGAGGCCCCAAAGACCCCUCCACACAUCAUCCUCCACUACUGCACCUUCAAGACCACCUGGGACUGGGUCAUCCUCAUCCUCACCUUCUACACGGCCAUCAUGGUGCCCUACAACGUCUCCUUCAAGACCAAGCAAAACAAUCUGGCUUGGCUGGUGCUGGACAGCGUGGUGGACAUCGUCUUCCUGAUUGACAUUGUGCUCAACUUCCACACCACCUUCGUGGGUGCUAAUGGGGAGAUCGUUUCAGACGCCAGGCUCAUUCGAAUGAACUACUUGAAGACGUGGUUCGUCAUCGACCUGCUGUCCUGUCUGCCCUACGACAUCAUCAACGCCUUUGAACACGUGAAUGACGAUUUCGUGCCGUCUUUAUCUCAAGCAAGUCAUCUUCGCGAGUCUUCGGUUUUCCACAGGAAUACCACGCGAACCGAGGACUCUCUACUCCCAGGUCUCAGCAGCCUGUUCAGCUCCCUCAAGGUGAUCCGUCUGCUCCGCUUGGGCCGCGUGGCCCGUAAACUGGACCACUACCUGGAGUACGGCGCCGCCGUCCUGGUUCUGCUGGUGUGCGUCUUUGGUCUGGUGGCCCACUGGCUGGCCUGCAUCUGGUACAGCAUCGGGGACUACGAAGUCAUCGACGUGGCUACUAACACCAUCAAGACGGACAGCUGGCUCUACCAGUUGGCCCUGAGCAUCGGGACUCCUUACCGCUACAACGCCAGCGGCACGGGGCAGUGGGAGGGGGGCCCCAACAAGGACACGUUGUACAUUUCUUCUCUCUACUUCACCAUGACGAGUCUCACCACCAUCGGCUUUGGCAACAUCGCUCCGGCCACGGAUGGAGAGAAAAUCUUCUCUGUGGCCAUGAUGAUGGUGGGCUCGCUACUAUAUGCCACCAUCUUCGGAAAUGUCACCACUAUCUUCCAGCAGAUGUACACCAACACAAACCGCUACCACGAGAUGCUGAACAACGUGCGUGACUUCCUGAAGCUUUAUCAGGUUCCCAAAGGUCUGAGUGAGAGGGUCAUGGACUUCAUCGUCUCCACCUGGGCAAUGUCUAAAGGCAUCGACACAGAUAAGGUCCUCUCAAUCUGCCCCAAGGACAUGCGGGCGGACAUCUGCGUCCACCUCAACCGGCAGGUGUUCAACGACCACCCGGCCUUCCGCCUGGCGAGCGACGGCUGCCUGCGCUCUCUGGCCGUGGAGUUCCAGACGACCCACUGCGCGCCCGGUGACCUCAUCUUUCACGUCGGCGAGAGCGUGGACACCCUCUGCUUUGUGGUCUCCGGCUCACUAGAGGUCAUCCAGGACGACGAGGUCAUCGCGAUACUCGGUAAAGGCGACGUGUUCGGAGACGUGUUCUGGAAGGAGACCACGCAGGCCCGGGCCUGUGCCAACGUCCGGGCUUUGACCUACUGCGACCUGCACGUCAUCAGGAGAGACGCCCUGAUGAGGGUGCUGGAGUUUUACACGGCGUUCGCCAACACCUUCUCCCGCAACCUCAUCCUCACCUGCAACCUGCGCAAACGGAUAAUCUUCAGAAAGAUUGCCGACGUGAAGAGGGAGCAGGAGCGGCGAAAAAACGAGGUGACCCUCUCCAUUCCCGAUGACCACCCGGUCCGCAAGCUGUUCCAGAGGUUCCGGCAGCAGAGGGACGCCCCGCCGCCGGGAGAGCCUCACUCCUACUUUGAUCACAACUGUGUGCAGGUGGAGCCGCAGCACCACCGUCACCACGAAUCAAACUCCUACACACAGUGUCAGUCUGCAUCGUCUCUGCUGCAGGAGAAUAACCCGUCCUGCUCAGGAGCCGGGAACGCGGGCGGAGGCGGCGGCGGCUGCAGCCCGGCUGCCCCGGAGCUCGCCCCCGGCGAGAAGCCGCAAGACGCCGAGGCCGAGGCGGCGAGGCCCGCUGCGGAGAGUCAGCUCUGUCGGAGGGUCGGCAGCCCUGCGGGGGCCAGUGGUGCGGCCGGCGGGGGAGCUGCAGGUGGCGUCGGCGGCCGCCCCGCAGGCCGAGGCUGGUCCAAGUUCAGAAACGCCGCUUCGGCUGCACCCCCGCCGCCUCCCGCCGCGGAGCUGGAGACGAAGCCGGAGAAAGCAGAGGAGUGGCAGAAAGCACCCGGGCCCUCAGAGCGCUUAGCUGUCGUCAACAAGAACCCGGAUUUGGGGGAAAGUGCAGAGACGGGGAGCGCGGAGGUGGGCAGCGGUGCAGGAGAGGCAGCAGCUGAAGAAGCGAGCGCCCUGCACAAAACCGACUCCUGCGACAGCGGCAUCACCAAGAGCGACCUGCGCAUCGACCGAGCGGGAUUCUCGAGGAGCUCCUUCGAGAGGAGCCCGAUGGAGAGGAGCCCCCUGGAGAGAAACCCGUUCGAGCACGGCCUCGGGGUCGACCCACUCAAACAGUCUUGGGCUCAGCCGGCGUCCGAACAGGCGCUCCUCCAGGCCACCCUGCAGGAGGCCAAGCUGGAGCUGAAGGGAGACAUUCAGAAGCUGAGCGGCCGCCUGUCGGUGCUCGAGUCGCAGGUGAGCGAGAUCCUCAGACUGCUGUCGAUGAGGAGGAGACUGUCGCUGCCGCCGACCUCGUCCCCGAGGGCCCGGGUGAAGCCAAAGGCCGACGACGGGCCUUUUUGAAGUCACAGAUUUGAAAAGCCAGAGACCGGAGGUAUAUCUUAACUACUGAUGUUCAAAAAGCACCGGUUUGCAUGUCCUGCUGGACUCUGGCCUGCAAAAGAAAUCUCUCCCAUCAAACACUACCACUGCAUGCAGAUAUACCUUUUGGAUGUUGCCCUAAGACUUUAAAAAAAAAAAAUGUUUUUCUAACAACCGGUCUUUGGCUUGAUAGGCACUUUUAUGCUUGUGUGUAUACUGAAGAAUGCCAAAAAAGAAACACAAACAAUAACUCACCAAACGCUUAUUUGCCGGGAAAAAAACAUAUAUUUUGAGAACCGUUAUAAAAACAAUGCAUAGCUGUAUAUCUCAUGAUUGAUGCUCUGAUGAAGGCUUUUGGUGAAACCUCUGCCUGAAACGAGCUGAAGUCACAAACAUAUUUUUUGAGUUUAAGGCUUUUUGUAAAGCUGCCAUUUUCACGGUGUUCCUUGACUUUUAUUUCUUAUUUUUAAUGUAUAGUUUUUGGCAGAACAUCAGAGAAGAGGUUAAGCAAGAAGGUUCACCUGCAACGACUGUCAUGGUUAUGUAAACAGAGCUGGCACUGAUGGAGAAAGCAAACUGGAGCUGAGUCAGCGUUUGCACAUGUGAAAUACAUUUCACCCUUUAGUACGGUAUUAAUUGUCAGGUAAUGAUAUGUGCCUUAUAAUAAUAAAGCCUCAUUCAGGGUUGUAUUAA